AUGAAUAAACGCCCGAGAAGUUAUUGCACAAAUGUUCCAACCAAUAAUUUUUCAUUUACAUCACAACAACAAGAAAAAAAUUGUAAAAAUUUAUCAAAUAAAUAUGAUAAAGAUUUUGAAAAUCGACGUAAUGUUAAUGAUGCGUUUAGUUUUUAUCACAGUCGUCAUGAUAAUUCAGAGAUAAAUGAGGAAAGUCUAAUGUCAAAGUGUAAUGAAAUAGAUAGUGAACAAUCAAUUACAGAUAUUCCAAUGGAAAAUAAUACUGAAAAUUUUUCAAAAUUAAUGAAAUUAAAUUUACCUAAUAAAAAUGAUGACAGAUUUAUAAUAAAAGUUUCACAUGGUGGAUUUUGUCGUAUUUUUACCUAUCGUCGUUGGGAUGGUUUUGAUUAUUUUAGAAGUCAAUUAUAUACACAAGGAAAGCAAGCAUAUAAAGGACCAUGUUCAUGGUUUGAUCAUCAGAAUGAUCGAAUAUCUUUAAUUGAUGAAAAUGACUUAAAUUCAAUGCUUGACUUUUUAGAACUUCAUGGUGAACGUUAUAUAAAAGUAUUUUUGAAUAAUCCAUCAAAACAACAAUCAAAUUUAACGAAUGAUAUUAAUAUGUCUAAAUAA